AUGGCGUACUACGACGUGGGCACACGCUCCUCCGCCGCCUCAUCGCUUCAGCCGGGCGACAUGGCCGCCGCGGCCGUGCCGGUGGCCACUGGGUCUCCUCAUCAGCGGGUUCCGCUGGAAGCGGGGGCUGCUGGUUCCUCCGCGGCCGGGCAAGCCGUGGAGGUUCAAGAAGGUACCCCGACGACGAUGCGGCACUACCGUGGCGUCCGGCGGCGGCCAUGGGGCAAGUGGGCGGCGGAGAUCCGCGACCCGGCCAAAGCGGCGCGCGUCUGGCUGGGCACCUUCGACACCGCGGAGGCCGCCGCGGCCGCCUACGACGACGCCGCGCUGCGGUUCAGGGGCGCCAAGGCCAAGCUCAACUUCCCCGAGCGCGUCCGGGGACGCACCGGCCAGGGCGCCUUCCUCGUCUCCCCUGGCAUCCCCCAGCCGCCGCCGCCAGUAUCAGCUUCUCCAUUAUUGCCACUGCCAGUGCCACCUUCUCCUGUGCUGUUCCCGGACCUGACGCGGUACGCGCAGCUGCUUCACAGCGGCAACGUCGUGGCCAGCAGCAUCGGUGAUCUCGUGGCGCCGGCGCCAUCGUCGUUGGCACAGGCAUCGUCGUCGGUGCAGAUUCUGGACUUCUCGACGCGGCAACUCCUCUGGGGCUCACGGCAGCCUGCAACGUUCGGCCGACCGCCGAUGCUGACAUCGGCAUCGAUGUCGUCCACCACCGCGUCUUCUUCGACCAGCAUGUCGGUGCCUCACGUCGAGGCCAGGAAUAGCGGAGUAGGCGAGGAGAGUGGCGCUGCUCCGCCUGACUGA